CUACGGACGUGGGGAGCUGAACAACAAACAAGCUUUCAACUGCCUGCCUGCUCUGUUCUCUUCUCCUCCGUGCCGUUCUCCUCCUUGUCCCUUUGUUCUUUCCCCCAGAUACAUCUUGUACGUUGUGCGCGCGUGCAAGGCCGUCGAGAAGACCCAAGUUCGCUCACCAGUCACCAUCAGGUCGGCUUGCGAAGACUCAACUCAACGCUCCCCCUCUCCGCAUUCAUCAUGUCUCCCGUUGCUACCAGCCCGCGCCAAAACGGGAACGGCACGGUGUCGUCGUCGUCGUCGCCCGUCCGCCCGCUGCACCGCGGCAUCUACGUGCCCACGGUAGCCUUCUUCGACCCGGACACGGACGAGCUGGACCUCAAGGCCACGGCGCGACACGCGACCCGGCUGGCCGGCUCGGGCAUCGCGGGCCUCGCGGUGCAGGGCUCCAACGGCGAGGCGGUGCACCUCCUGCCGCACGAGCGCUCCCUCGUCACCAAGACGACGCGGGCGGCGCUCGACGCCGCGGGCCACACCGACAUGCCCCUACUUGUGGGCUGCGGCGCGCAGUCGACUGUGGAGACGGUCGCGCUGUGCCGGCAGGCGGCCGCCGACGGGGGCGACUACGCGCUCGUCCUGCCGCCGAGCUACUACGCCGGCCUGUUCGCGGCGGACGGAGCGACCGUCCUCGACUACUUCACGGGCGUGGCCGACGCGUCGCCCAUCCCCAUCGUCGUGUACAACUACCCCGGCGCGACGCCCGGCAUCGACGUCAACUCGGACGUGCUCAUCGAACUCAGCCGCCACGCCAACAUUGCGGGCUGCAAGUUCACCUGCGGCAACACGGGCAAGCUGGGCCGCGUCGCCGCGGCGGUACGGAGGCGCCACCAGCAGCACCCGCACCAGCAGCACCGUCGGCGUGAAACAGCCGCCACCGCUGACGACGAUGACGAGGAGAGGGACGGCGAGGGGGAGAGCGGCUUCCUCUGCUUCGCUGGGUCUGCCGACUUCACCGUCGCCUCGUACGCGGCGGGCGCGGCGGGCGUCAUCGGCGGUCUGGGCAACGUGGCGCCGCGGAGCUGCGUGCGGCUGUUUGAGCUGUGCGAGCAGGAGGCUGCCGCCCCUCGAGCUGGAGCUGGCAGCGAAGAGCGCGCGAGGACGACGACGACGACGACGACAAAGGAUGAGGUGAACGCGGUGCAGGAGGUGCUGGCGCGCGGCGACUGGGUGUGCAUCCAGACGGGCGUCUUGGGCGUCAAGGAGGCGCUGCGGGCGUUUUACGGCUACGGCGGGUGGGCGAGGAGGCCGCUGCCGAGGCCGAACGAGGCGGCGAGGGACAAGAUUGUCGAGGGGCUGCGCGAGCUGGUGGACAUGGAGAAGGGGCUUGAGGCCAAGAAGGCGGCAGCGUGA